UCUUUCCACUGGAGCUUCUUCUUCAGAGGAGGUGAAGGGAUAAAAAUGGUGUUAUUAUUAUCUAGCUUUUCUUGCACUUCAUUUCUUCCGGUAAAAUCCUCUCUUCCUCUUUCAAUUCAAUCUUCGUUAGUUUCUAAUUGUCAAUUGGGUCAUGGAAUUGUAAGAAAAACUCUCAAUGACAACAACAUCAGUAAAUUGCAUCAUCGGAUUCAUCAAGAACAACUUCAUUUGGUAGCAGUGAAGAAGAAAACCAAAUUGGGUAUGAAGAUUAAGUGUAGAGCAUCUGAAAAGUUCAAAAACAUUAAUUCUGAAGAAACCCAAGAUGAUGAUAAUAAUAAUAAUAAUAAUAAUAAUAAUAUAGUACUACAGCUUUUGUUGUGGACAGCUGAAGGUGUAUACAUUGUCUGGCUUUUUAUCCUCCCCUUUGCACCGGGGGAUCCAGUAUGGGCGAUUAGCCAAGACACCAUUAAUUCUCUAGUGGGGUUUUCUCUGAAUUUCUUCUUUAUCUUGCCACUGAUGAACUCCAUUGGAAUUCAUGUGCUUGAGUCCCCGGUGAUUCACACGAUGGAGGAAGGAUUAUUCAAUUUUGUGAUUGGGUGGACACUCAUGUUUGCUCCCUUGUUAUUCACGGAUCGCAAGAGAAACAGAUUCAAGGGAUCACUUGAUGUCUUAUGGGGUUUCCAGAUGUUCCUCACAAACACAUUCUUAAUGCCCUACAUGGCAAUCCGACUUAACAAAGCUGACACUGAAUCCUCUCCCAAAGAACCUUCUAAAUUGGAAGCUGUGAUGGUAGAUGGUGCACCUGUCGUCGGACUGAUAGGCGGCGCUGUUUGUACACUAUGUUUAGUGUGGGCAUGCUUUGGUCGAAUGGAUGGAAAUUUUGGGAUCCUGACGGACCGAUGGGAAUAUUUCUUAAGCUAUCUUGGAUCAGAUCGAGUAGGAUAUGCCUUCAUAUGGGACAGUUGCCUCUACACAGUUUUCCAGCCUUGGUUGAUUGGUGAUAACAUAGAUAAUGUGAAAGAGAGCAGUGUUAACACAGUAGAAAAAUUAAGGUUUGUUCCUGUUGUUGGCUUGGCUGCCUACUUGUUGAGUUUGGAUCCUGCUGAAGAGUUGUAAUACAUGUAGUCCACUGAAAUUCGGGAACCAAAUCUUUUAUUUCGUAACUGUGUUCUUUAUAGCGAUUUCUUCUGUAACCUACUGCUGGCAGAAUUUCAUCAAUCUGACAGGUUCAUAUAUGCAUUUUCUA